UAUCACAGAAAAGGAUGCUACUGGGUGCUGUCAGAGCUCAUCGUUUUCUGAGUUUAUUCUCUUUUUCUCGCUCCAAACCAUCCUUUUCUGUUCGAGCAUUUUCCGCCAUGGCCGAAGAAUUCGUCAAGGGUACCGUUUAUCAAAACGGCGUCGCUGUUAUCACCCUCGAUCGCCCCAAAGCUCUCAACGCCAUGAGCCUAGAUAUGGAUGUAAAAUAUAAAAGAUACCUUGAUGAAUGGGAAUCAGACCCAAGGGUCAAAUGUGUACUAGUUGAUAGCAGCUCGGCUCGUGCCUUUUGUGCUGGUAUGGAUAUUAAAGGGGUUGUUGCUGAAAUACAAAAGGACAGAAGUGGUGAUGUGAAGCAGAUAACAAUCAAAAAUCAUCUAUCAGAUAUGAUUGAGGUCUUCACGGCUGAGUAUUCUUUGAUAUGCAAAAUUUCUGAUUACAAGAAGCCAUAUAUAAGCUUCAUGGAUGGAAUAACAAUGGGUUUUGGUAUUGGCUUAUCUGGUCAUGGUCGCUACCGCAUCAUAACAGAGAGAACUGUUCUUGCAAUGCCAGAAAAUGGAAUUGGCCUGUUCCCAGAUGUAGGUUUUGCUUAUAUAGCAGCUCAAAGUCCAGGGGAAGGAUCUGUUGGAGCUUAUCUUGGAUUGACUGGAAAGAGGAUUUCUACUCCUUCAGAUGCAAUAUAUACUGGCCUUGGAACACAUUACGUGCCAUCUGGAAAGUUAGGUUCAUUCAAGGAGGCCCUUUUGGCAACCAACUUUUCCCAGGAUCCACAUCAGGACAUCAAAGUACUUUUAGCAAGAUAUGAGUCCAACCCUGAGUCUGAGGCACAGUUGAAAUUGCUUUUACCUCAGAUAAUGUCUUCAUUUGGAGGAAAUAAAUCAGUCACUGAGACCAUUGAAGAGCUUAAAAAGCACCAGUCAAGCAGUGAUCCUAAUGUUGUGGAGUGGGCUAAUGAAGCUCUCCAAGGUCUUGGAAAAGGUGCUCCCUUUUCCCUUUUCUUGACCCAAAAGCACUUCUCUGCAGUUGCUUCUGCGCUAGGGAAAAAUGGCAGUGAAUUAUCCAUGCUUAGCGGUGUAAUGAAAACUGAGUAUCGCAUUGCCUUGAGGUCAUCACUACGACAUGAUUUUGCCGAAGGUGUCCGAGCAGUGCUGGUGGACAAGGAUCAGAACCCAAAAUGGAAACCAUCAAGGUUGGAGGAAGUUGUUCCGAGUGAAGUGGAAGCUGUCUUUAAACCAUUAGGGUCUGAGGUUGGGGAGUUGAGAGUGUAAUUUUAGAAGGGAAGUGUACUCUUUUUUUCUCGAAAUGCAUUAUAGAAUUGCAGACACUUCAUCAAAUAAAUGGAUGGUGUUUUAUUGGGCCUGGGUUCCCUCCAGGUCCAGGGUGUUGCUUGUACUGUCUUAUCACCAUAUGAUAACAUGAAGUCCAUGAUUUUGGAAAUGAUGUUACUUCUAUUAUACCCACGUGCAAGAAGUGAAAGGCUUAGUUUCCUUAGUCGAAUUCUC